CAUGGCGACGGCUGUUGGGGACGGCGCGCUGCGGCGGCUGUUCGAGAAGCCGUUGCCGGAGAACCCGACGCUGCUGGAGGUGCUGUCGGCCUGCACCAACCACGCCCACCACAAGAAGCAGCUGCCGGCCGUGGACCCGGCGUCUUUCACGGAGAUCUUCGGUGAGCUCCACUUCCACGAGAAGCCCGACGGCGCCGCCGCCCGGCCCGUCCUGCCGCGGGUGCCACUCCCAGACGCACGCGCUACGGCGGCGUCGUGGCUCGACGCCGCUGAUCAGCAGUCCGAGAAGAGCAAGGACGACUCCUCGCUGGACGCGCUCCUCAGGCCGAAGCCCGCGGGCGCCGCGGCCUCCCCCGGCGGCGUCAGGAGGAGCGCGAGCUUCUGCCUGAAGAAGAGCUCGGCGUCGCUGCUGCUGUGCACGGAGGGGCUCGGGUCCGAGAGCACGGUGGACUCGGACGACAUGGUCAGGGACGACGGCGCCGACGCGGCCGCCGCCCUCCGCGGGAGGGAGAGGGAGGAGGCAACGCUGAGGGACGCCGCCGCCGCGGCGGAGCCGGGGCUGGGGGAGUCCCCGCCGUCGUUCCCACCGCCGAUACGGUCGAUCGGGCGCGGCGGGAAGCCGUGCGUGUGCUUCCGGACGUUCCGCGCGGAGGGGCGGUUCGUGCUGACGCAGGUGGUGAUUCCUGGGAAGGAGCUGCUGCACGCGUCCCGUGAGGGCGGCCGGCUCAGGCUCCGGUUCGCCAACCCUGCCUCCGCCGACGAGGAGCUGGAGCUGGGAGAUCAACAAGAUGACGAGCGCGAAGCCGGCGGGGCAUGCAUCGACGCCUGCGCUUAGCUAAUUACUCCAUGCAAGUGUGCUUCAACCUAUUGGGUUUAUAUUACACGCAUAAUCCGAAGCUGAUGACGAGCUGCAGCAACUGCUACUAGAUGAUGCACAGCGCCUUAUUUCUAAAUAUAAGUCUUUGAAGGGGUUUGAUUAAA